AUGAACAAAGUCAUUGCAGAAAAGCCCACAGUACAAGAACAGAUUCUGCAGGUAUACAGCCUGAUCCGAGAAAAUCAGACUGCUGGAGUCACCCUGAUCCUCGUGGGCUUCUCAGAAUACCCAGACCUCCAGGUGCCCCUGUUCCUCGUGUUCCUGACCAUCUACACAGUCACUGUCCUGGGGAACCUGGGCAUGAUUUUAAUCAUCAGGAUCAACCCCAAACUCCACACCCCCAUGUACUUCUUCCUUAGCCACUUGUCCUUGGUGGAUUUCUGUUACUCCACAGUAGUUACACCCAAACUGUUAGAAAACUUGGUUGUGGAAGACAGAACCAUCUCCUUCACAGGAUGCAUCCUGCAGUUCUUCUUUGCAUGCAUAUUUGUGGUGACAGAAACGUUCAUGUUGGCAGCGAUGGCUUACGACCGCUUUGUGGCAGUUUGUAAUCCUCUGCUGUACACGGUUGUGAUGUCUCAGAAGCUCUGUUCCUUGUUGGUGGCUGCAUCGUACUCUUGGGGUAUAGUUUGUUCUUUAACAUUUAUAUAUUUUUUGUUGACCUUAUCCUUUUGUGGAACUAAGUUCAUAAAUAACUUUGUAUGUGAGCAUGCUGCCAUUGUUGCUGUGUCCUGUUCUGACCCCUCCAUUAGUCAGAAGAUCAUUUUAAUCUCUGCCACAUUUAAUGAAGUAAGCAGCCUGAUGAUAAUUCUUACUACUUACAUCUUCAUUUUUAUCACAGUCCUGAAGAUGCCUUCCACUGGAGGGCGCCACAAAGCCUUCUCCACAUGUGCCUCCCACCUGACGGCCAUUACCAUUUUCCAUGGGUCUAUCCUUUUUCUCUACUGUAUUCCUAAUUCCAAAAAUUCUUGGCUCAUGGUCAAGAUAGGCUCUGUCUUUUAUACAGUAGUUGUUCCCAUGCUUAACCCACUGAUCUACAGCCUCAGAAACAAAGAUGUGAAAGAGACAGUGAGCAAGUUAAUCAAAAACAAGUUGUUAUGUCAUAAAAUAUAA